AUGUCAGCACCAGCCAGUUUAAUUGCUGACACUGGUGCUGUAACACUCACACUCUUCCCACUCCAACACAGCUGUCCUCACUGCUGCUCACAGUGGACACCUCUGAACAAAGCAGACAUGGGCCCGUGGGUGGUCUCAGAUGGAAAGGAAGGAGAGAAAAGCAGGCAGGAGACAGGUAGAUCCGACGCUUUCCCUCACCCUCAGAGAUCGCAAGCCGAGAACACGCGCCUGGGGUCCAACCGCAACUUUAACCAGAAAUGUGGGACAGGGACUGGCACUUUACCUCAACUCGACCCACCGUCGAAACAGGUGGUGGUGACCAACUGUAAACUUCUCCACCAAUCUGAUGGCACCUUACCCAACAUCGUCAAGCAGCUGGUGCAGAACGUCCAGCAGAGUCAGGAGGAGCGCGAGAGGCCAAGGCCGCAGUUCCCAGCACGUUUUGGUUCCUCUGUUGACAACAUCUCAGAGUCUCUAACCAGAAGCAUCAUCAACAAGUUUGAGAAGAUCAGGACUUAUGAGGGACAGCGGUUACCCAUGUCACCAACAGCUGCACUGAAGCACUUUCAGAGCCAGCUCACAGAGUACGAGCAAGAGGAGAUUAUGGACUACACUGAGAUCUGGUAUCUGGGCUUAGAUACCAAGAAGAUCCAGGGCUGUCAGGGAUCUGCGCAGAAUUCAGGCUAUGAUGAUGAGCAUGGCAGCUACCUGAAGAUCCUUCAUGACCAUAUCGCCUACCGCUACGAGGUCCUGGAAGUGAUUGGGAAGGGAUCUUUUGGACAGGUCCUCAAAUGUCUGGAUCAUAAGACAAAUGAGAUGGUGGCCAUAAAGAUCAUUCGCAACAAGAAAAGAUUCCACCAACAGGCGCUGGUCGAGCUGAAGAUCCUGGACGCACUGCGGCGGAGAGACCGAGACAACUGCCACAACGUCAUCCACAUGAAGGAGUAUUUUUAUUUCCGCAACCACCUCUGCAUCUCCUUCGAGCUCCUGGGAGCAAACCUGUAUGAGCUGAUCAAGAAGAACAACUUCCAGGGCUUCAGUCUGGCUCUGAUCCGACGCUUCGCACACUCUUUGCUCAAGUGCCUGCAGAUGCUCCACAGGGAGAAGAUCAUCCACUGCGACCUGAAACCGGAGAACAUUUUGCUGUCCCAGCGAGGACAGGGAAAUAUCAAGGUGGUUGACUUUGGAUCAAGCUGUUAUGAGCAACAGAGAGUGUACACAUACAUCCAGAGCCGUUUCUACCGCUCUCCGGAGGUGAUCCUGGGCCACCCGUACAGCAUGGCCAUAGACAUGUGGAGCCUGGGCUGCAUCCUGGCCGAGCUUUACACGGGAUACCCGCUUUUCCCAGGGGAGAGCGAGGUCGAGCAGAUCGCCUGCAUCAUGGAGGUGAUGGGUUUGCCUCCAAACGACUUUGUUCAGACUGCAUCCAGAAGAAAGUUAUUUUUUGAUUCAAAAGGAAAUCCACGAAACGUCACGAACAGCAAAGGGAAAAAACGCAGACCCAGCUCCAAGGAUCUUGCCAGUGUACUGAAGACCAACGAUCCCCUGUUUUUAGACUUUAUUCGGCGCUGUCUUGAGUGGGACCCUGUGAAGCGUAUGACUCCGGAUGAGGGCAUGCAGCACGAGUGGAUUCACGAAGGCCGGCUUAACAAACUCCGCCCUAAAACGCGACCAAUCAGGAAACCUGGAGAGAGUAGCGCCAAUUAUGAGUCCAGUUACCGUAGGACGAUCUCAACCAGGACUGCAGACAAAUCAGGCUCAGAGGACAGACUGAGGAGAGAAAACUCAGCCAAAGGAGGCAAAAGAGACACAGCAGAGCGCCUGCGACCAAUAGGGGCAUCUGCGCAGGAAGAAACCAGUGAGGGCGUGGGCAACACUGCAGAUAAUAAAGACAGCCAAGACAGCAAAGCAGAGAACAAUCCACAGGGCAGCUCGGAGAGGAAAUCAGACAGCGGUGAGCGUUCCGUCGAAAUCAUCAUCCAACAUCAGUCUCAAUCAGCAUCAAGCACAGACUCGGAGGAUCAGCAUCCUCACACUCUACCACCCGUCCUUUAA